AUGUCAUCACCAACUAGAGAAGGAUUUGCUAUUCCAACAUCAAUAUCACAUGCUGCAUCAGCUCAAGUCACAAGUAAAUCAUUAGGUGUUAAAUAUAAUUGUGCACAAUGUGCUGCUUCAUUUUCAUUAGGUAAAAAUGACGCCAUUAGAUGUAAAGAAUGUGGUCAUCGUGUAAUAUAUAAAGCAAGAACUAGAAGAAUGGUACAAUUUGAAGCUAGAUAA